CUAACAGUGCUGGUCCUCGUGCUCCAUGCACAAACUGAUUUUCCUUCAUUUUUCUCUGUUUCCAAACACAAAUUGUACAUUAGAACUCAGAAUUUUCUCGGGAAAAUUCAGUUAGAAUUAGUUUAAACCUCUAAGAAUCAGAUAGAAAUAUCUAAAACUUCACUCGGAAGUUAAAACUAAACAUUCUAAUUAGCACAUUCUCUUCUCAAAUCUGUAUAAAAAAUAGUUCAAAACUCGGCGAAUCGGUGUAGUACCGAAAAACAUAGAGAAAAUGAGCACCGCAUGUGAAGUUCAAUGUUCACUGACAAAUUCAAGAUCAGAAGCUGAAGAACAACUUAUUUCUCACAAAGACGUGGAAUUUUCAUAUACGAGACAAUUUCUAUUAUCUUUGGCUAAGCUGGACAUAUGCAAUAGGUUACCGAUUGGAUUUGAUUCAUCAAUUUUGAGUGAACUCAACAAUGCUUCUGCUGGUUCACCAUUUUGGUUCUGCUCCGUUACAGAUUCUGGAAGCUCGGAUGACAGCCUAUCUCGGGAUUUUCAGUCUACCUCGAGUUCUUUUGGCGUUUCUUCUACAAAGGCUCAAGGCAGCAGCUGUCAUCCACCUCAACCGAGUGAACUCAACAAUGCUUCUACGGGUUCACAACAGUCUUCUAGUGAUACAGAAUCUGGCAGAUGGGACGGCAGCCCAUCUCAACAUUCACAGCAGAAUCCUGAGUGUGGACUUCUAAGAAGGGAAGCUCUUCCAAAAUAUCGUGAAUCUCUGGCUGCAAAUUCUCCUCCUGUAGUUCAAGGCAACAGUUGUCAUCUUCUCAACCGAAGUGCCACACCUUAUAGACCCCCACAUCUCUCUAAGAUGAAUCAUCUUUCAAGGACAGAGAGUAAACAUCUAACUGCCGGUAACACAUUUGAGUUUUUGAAGUAUUCAAGUCCUGGAAAACAAGAAAAUGAAUCAAGGGAAAGAGAUUCAUUGGACUUGAAUAGGAAGGAACAUAAUCCUAUUGAAGGGAAGCAACAAAAUGUUCCAGCUGAGUAUAAAGUGAGCUCGGACCUAGAUACUCACCGCAUGGAUUCCAGAAAUAAUAAGGGCAUUCUUAGCAAGUGCUAUGGUGCAGCAUCAUCAGCUCCAAAUAAUGCUUCGUCCUCUUCUUCCAGACAAGCUUUUACAUGUGGAGGAAAAUUAUCUCCCACUUCUUCAGGCAGAUCCUUUGAGAAUAAUUUUCAAACAAAAUUGUUACACCACUCUCCUACACAAGAGCAAUAUGAUGUUAAAGUGGAUAAGAUCGAGAUAUCCAUGUCUUCCUCUUCCAUCUCUGUUGAUCAGUUUACUGUUGAAGAGAAAGAGCCAGCAGGUGGCGUCUUAAUUGGCAACGAAAUUAAGGAACCUGAAGUAUACAUAGAACCUAGCACAAGUGCUGUUGAAAAUGGGUCCACAAGUGUUUCUUGUCAUGACAGUGAAGUUCCACUGGAGCCCGUGGCACCUUCCGCGCAUCCUGCUGCUGAGAAAGACUCUAAUCAUUGCAGUUCUAUGGGAUCAAUUAUGUGUCAAGAUGGUAUUAAGGGUGAGGAGACUGAACCUUCAAUUGAGUUAGAGGCAAGUGAAAACCAAUUUGACCGGCAUCAAUGCAAAGAACAUAAGCUCAUUGCACCUGCCACGGAGAAAAUCACUGAGCAAUUAGACAGUGCUAGUAUAUCUGUUAUGCCUCCAGGUGUUAUUAUGUGUAUGGAGACUGUAGAAACCGGUGCAUUAGAUGUCACUGAAAUGCACAUCGCUCUGCACCAAGCGGCAGAAUGUUAUGACAUAGGGAGAACAUUGUCAAAGACUGCAAGUCAUUCUGGUUCAACUCAGCACCUUCUUGACUUGUUAAAGAAGGGUAAAGAUACUGAAGCUCUAGAAGCGGCAUGCUCAAAUCAAUUCAGUGCAAUGACAGCUGAAAAAUUAGAGGUCGGUGAAGACCACUUUUCUCAGCAUCAAUCUGAAGAAGAUUAUGACGUAGAGCGUGAGAAUUUACGUACUGCAAGUCAUUCUGGUUCGGCUCAGCACCUUUUUGAUUUGUUAAAGAAGGGUAAAGAGGCAACAGAUGUGGAAGCAGCAUGGUCAAAUUUAAGCUCAUCCUCCAAUGCAAGGACUACACAGAGCUUGGAAAGAAAUGUAAUGUCGGAAGAUGAAGCAGGUUCCACAAAGAAGUUGCAUUUAAUUACUUCAAACGAUCUUACUGAAUAUGAUUUCUUGUGGCAUGUCGAUUUCCCAUCUCCAUUGGACAGUGAGGUAAUUCUUUUGCCAAUAGAUGAGCUAAUCGGAGUUGAACAUCAGGCUACCACAUCCUUAAACUGUGGGCAGAAAACUGAUUUAAAUGAAAGAAAAGGCAGUGACUUGGCCUCCAGUGAAGAUGAGGACGAAAUAAAAUCGGAUUCCUUAAGUGCACAGGCUUUAGAGCUCACUCCUGUCGAUGGAUUUGACGAGAAAGCUAAUGCAAUUGAUGAAGUUUGUUUGCCUGAUGAAGACAGUUUGAUCACACUUGAUGAGUUGGUAUUUCAAAUGGAUACAAUAUUGUUGGCUGAUAAUAAUUCAACUGAAGCUCAUUUGGUUGCUUCAGCUAACAAUACUCAAAAGUCGAAUGCUUACAAUGUCAGCAUAGGUAAUGAAAAUUCUCCAAGCAGUUUGGGAAAUGCCACUUUAGUCUCUAAUGGUGUAUCGGACUCGAAAACUUCUUAUGAUGAUAUCGAUGUUGCAAGAAAACCUUACCCACGUUCCCAAACACAUCCAAGAAAGCCAGUGUUCCAUCAUUCAGCAGUCAGGUCCUCAGCUUCAAAGAUACAUUCGUAUGGUCCUAUUCGUCGGCAGCAUCAAAUGAUAAUUCCUGGUGAAUUUCCUCACCCAUGGAAUAUACUUUCUGGUGGUGCACAUUCUGAUCAGAUGCAAUAUUAUCGUCCUUGGCUAAACCAAAACUUUAACCAGAACUAUGAACACCAAAUCUAUGGAAUAUCAGAUCCAGACCCUUCUCUUUUAGGCAAUAACAGACUCUUGGGGACAGCAAAAGCAGAGCAAAUUCACCCAAGGUGGCCGUGGUCACGAAAUGUUUGACAAUUUGAUACAUAGGGAUUAUAUGUUGGCAUCUUCUGGAUGGGUUUCAGUUAUCUUUCUUGGGUACUUCCAUUCUUUCUGUAGAUAUAAGACAACAUUAACAUCCAGAGUCUUAAAUCUUUUGCUUUCAUGAUUCGGCUGAAAAUAAGAACUUCAAACUCCUGGUUUUGAAGUAAUGGAAGAUGUUUAUUUUGAACUAAUUCGAGAAACGUGGUACAUUCAGACUCCAACCCUUUGCCAAUAACAUGUAACCAACUUUUAGAAAUUUGGACCUAUCCUUUAACUGUAGCACGUUGAAAUUCUGCUAAAAUAGAUAUAUCCUCGUGUUUGAAUUUCUCACAGUUAUGUGCUUGAAUCCGUCUCUUCAAUGCUAUAAAUUUGGGUUAGUCCUAAAAAAAUGCCAUAUCCUUGGGGAGAAAAAAUAGGUCCCUGACUGCCCACCGCUUCUCAUUUAUAACUGCCAUGUUGUUUAAACUUUAAAGCCCCUUUUAACAGAAAAUUAAAAUAAUCACACCCAGCCAAUUAAAUGUAGUCAUAGUACUCGAUUAAUUUCAAUCCCAAGUUUGGAAGGAAAAAAAAAAUCAAUCCCAAGCACUAUACUAUUGCUGAAACAGUUCUUUCGAUCUGUACAAGCAUGAUCUCUGAUACAAUCUAGAGGUUAUUGUUACUCUGCGAGACAAGGAGAGCUUAAUAUAAUGACGGAGCGCAUGGCAGAUAAGGAAAGGAACAUCAUUAGAUAUAAUAUAUUAAGACUGGCUGAGCAUUUGGAGCAUAUUCGAUCAAAAUCUCAUAAUUAUCAUGCAGCAUCUGAAGACAACCAGGUAUUCCAUUUAGUUACAAGUAUUUACAAAUCCUGCAGUCCUAAUUCACACACAAGCUAGACAAUGAAAAUUUGAGUCAAAACUUGAAUACAGCGUAAUUAGAUACUGUACACGAAAGUCUUCCAACGAUUUUUACAACUAUACACUCGUCGUGGUACCAUGAAUUUUAUUUUUUGGGUCUUUCCAAUAUGUACAUGAAGUCAGAAUGCUAAAAGUUACUUAUAGCUUAUUAUAGCAUGACAGGAAAACAAAUAAAAAAUUAUUGCUGCAGACGCCUUUAAUAGAUGGCGGUUGAAGCUAUCUAACUAGUCUCUCGGCCUGCAUUCAUCUGAUAAGUCGGUGUUGUAUGGGGCAAUCAGACAAGUAAAUUCGGAACUCAGGCAAAUCAAACAGUGAUGAAAGGUCAGUUUCGGCUCAUAACCAAAAUUAUGUGGCAUGCUUUGGUGAGUCGUCUUUAAGAGUUUUGUUUGCACCAGCUACAUCUGCGUCAAUCUCAUAGGACGAGAGUAGUGUUCUCUGCAUCAUCAAUAUUACAAUACAUAAGUGACACUUGAUAAUUCGAGCUAGACAUUACUUUUCACAACUUUUGCAAACAAGUGUGUGAUUUGUUGAAAUACCACUUACAUGGUCCUCAAAUUCAGGGCAGGUCAGAUUGAUAGAGAGGUUUCUCAUCAGCAACAGCACCUGAAUUAGGAAUCACAAAAACAUAAUGAGUGCAGAGUGUUAGAUUCCAUCUUAAAACCAAUUGGUAUUAAGUGGAGGUGCCCAACCAAUAUAUAAACACAUGUCCACUCACACACACAACCAAUGUGGGAUUUCCCACUUUAACACUCCCCCUCACGCGUAGCGUGUACGGGCCGAGCAACAAAGUCCCCCCUCACGUAAAUCUCACGUGGGCCGGGCCAAACUCAAAUUGUGUGAAUGGACAAGGCUCUGAUACCAUGUUAGAUUCCAUCUUAAAACCAAUUGGUAUUAAGUGGAGGUGCCCAACCAAUAUAUAAACACAUGUCCACUCACACACACAACCAAUGUGGGAUUUCCCACUUUAACACAGAGUGCAUAUAUUUUUCGAACUGUUUUACACAAUCAUUAUAGAAUUUCCAAUGCUCAGCCUAGGGGCUAACUUUACUACUAAAUAUGGAUACAGCCAACAAAGCUACAAGAGAAUUAUCAAGACUUACCGUUUCAACAUCUAUAGGGUCCAUUUUUUUAAGUCUCUGCAGAUGACCAGUAACAUUUGGAUCGAAGACACUACCAAUGAAGGUGUAUACUUGAACAAAGUCGGGCAGAACUGUAGUAAGAAGGCAGAUAAGUGGUAUUUAGUGCCUGAUCAGAAUGGAUUAUAAAAUAAAAUCAUUUACAUCUGACAAGAAGCAACAACACAGUCAAGGCCUCCGAAUGCCGACCGAAAGGAACCUGUAAGCAAUCAUUAAAAGGGAAAAGGACGAAAAUCUAUGCAGAAAUAUACAGUCCUGUAUAUAGACAUAUAAUUAGGUCACACGCAUCUAAGAUAUUCAUAUGGUAAAGAAAAUUAUAAAAGAAUCUAACUAACCGAUGCAAAUUCAUUAGUUUUUUUU